CCAAAAUUGAGCUAAAUCUGCCUCAGUUGUGACUUGUGAAUAUUACGGCGUAGACGUCGGAUUUCAAUUGGUGAAACGAUGAAGAGCGAGUGUAUUAUCGACAAGAUAAGAAACAAAUUGAAGGAUUCUAGUCCUGAUCGUCGAACCGUCUUAAGUGUAUUCCAGUUCAAUUUCACCGACGCCGAUGGCAAGCUAAUUAAAAGUGUGGUCUUUGAUUUUAAAGAUUUAAACAUCUAUGAUGGCAUAACAGRCGCGGCGGAUGCGGAAAUCACCAUAUCCGAUGAUGACUUUUAUUUAGUGGGAACAAAGGAGACAACAUUCGACAAACUCGUGUCCGAUAAUAAAGCGCUGGUCAAGGGAGAUAUGACGGCCAUUGACAAGUUGCUGGGCAAGUUUCGUUCGGCGUCUGAUGAGGUGAAGUGAUUAAGAAGAGAUUUUACUAAAAGCUGCUAAAUUAUUCAACCAUUUCUACUAAAUUAAACUUCCUAAAAUGGAAUUACGAUACAAACACAUUAAUAUCCAUACUUAUAUACACUCCAUACUUGAUUAUCUAAUUAAUAUACUAAAACUGUAUGACUGCUAGACAGUAAUAAAAGUUCAUACUUGUAAACAUGCAACUAAAA